AUGGCUAGACCCAAGCAUCACAAAGCUAAGCCUAGCAGACAAGCCAAACAACCGCAACCGAAAAAGCGCGGCGGAAAGCAGCAAAACGACGUGUCUGAGUUGCGGGGGCAGCUCGAUGCGUUAGGUCUGAAGAUAAUUCAAGUGACUGCCGAUGGUAAUUGUUUCUUCAGGGCGUUGGCUGAUCAAUUGGACGGCGAUGAGGACGAGCACGAGAAGUAUCGGAAUAUGGUUGUUCAAUUUAUUAAGAAUAACCGGGAACAGUUUGAACCCUUUGUUGAGGACGAAGUUCCAUUUGAGGAAUACUGUCGAUCCAUGGGCGAGGAUGGCACUUGGGCAGGACACGUGGAAUUGCAAGCAGCUUCUCUUGUCACUCAUAGUAACAUAUGCAUUCACAGGAACAUGUCGCCGCGCUGGUACAUACGGAAUUUCGACAAACUUGAAGCUCGAAUGAUUCAUCUCUCUUAUCAUGAUGGCGAGCAUUACAAUAGCGUGCGCUCGAAGGACGACAGUUGCGCUGGUCCAGCUCGGGAAAUUGUCAUUAAGGGCGAUGCUGCUGUUUCAGCAAAUACCAACCAACCAAAAGCAACUGCCAGGAAGUCUAAAGAUGAAGGCAGAAGGGCUGUUGUAAAGGCGGGAAGUGGAUGUGAAGAUGCAGCAAAAGUCGAACAGGCUUUACAGCAAAUGGGCGGUGACGUUGAUGCCGCUGUAGAAAUUCUGUUGACUGAACAAAGACUUCUGGAUGGGACGGUUGCUGAUGAACCUCAGUGUGAGAAGUCCGAGCAUCCUGUGGAUGAGACAUGCAAGCUGGAUUCAUCUGGCAACGGUGUGGAAAUAAGUUGCCAAAGGAACAGCCUGCAAAAAGAUGAAAAGAAAAUUUCAAGAAACAAGGCCUGCCCGUGUGGCUCGAAAAAGAAGUAUAAGUCUUGCUGUGGUGCAGUUGCUGGAAAAUCUUCUGCCAGAUUUCCAGUUAACCAAACAGUUGACUAUGGGAAGAGUCGAAAAGACCGAAAGCAAGCUCGGAAAGUUAGCUCAGCUGCUACAAAUACCAUUCUGUCCGAUGGAGGCCCACCAGACAUGGGUUCAUUAUGCAUUUAG